ACUUUAAUAUAAACCAAGUUUUUAUUUUAAUUUUUAAGGUUUUAAUUAUGCAAAACCUAUUAUUUUUAAAAGAUAGGAAUUUUAAAAUUUAAUAACAGCGAAAUUUAUACGUUUACUGACGGGUUAUGUUAGUUUGCUGCCAAUUUUUGUCAAACACGAAGUAUUUUUUGUCGCUUGAAGAAGAGAAAAAGAAAUAAAAAAAAGAUAUUUUAAAUCAGACUUCGACUGUCUAAUACCUUCAAAGACUUCUCUCUUGUACGGAUGCUCCAGCCUAGCAAGCGAUAAUUCCUGUGGCAGCCAAAAUCUAGGAAACUUAAUUGAAUGAGAAGCUACACUGUCAGGACUUUCUGAAGUCUAAUCGUUUUCUGAACUAGAAACAUACCAUAUGCGAUCCAUUCGUUGUAUAAUUUUGUUUUUAUUUUUGCUUUAAACCAUAUGCUCGUCUGAAGUACGUUACACACAAAACUUCUCGAAAAAAUAGGUAAAGCACCAAUCCUCCAAGUAGCAAUGCAAUGACACCAUUUCGAACGCCUAAAAUUCGAACAUUAUGUUUACUGUUUUUAUAAACAUGGCGGAUUCAAAACACUGACAAUUCUAUUUAUCCAUACAUAAGUUUUUUUAAAAAACAAGAUGAGUUGGUUGGCAGAAGAAUGGAAGGAGAAACUACCCACGGAUGCUUUGACAAAUAUUCAGACGAUGGAAAAUACGUUGGAAAAUUUACAUAAAGAUCUCUCGCAAUAUGAAUUUAAAAUUGAAUCUCUCGAAGCUUCUUUGGAAAAUUCAAAACAAAAGCUUGAAGAAAAAAUAAAGGAGAAUCAAACUCUUGAACGAGAAAAAUUCGAGUCUCAAAGCAAGCUAGAAGAAGAAAUUGCAAGAUGUAAUAAUUUAAGUACUAAUUUAAAACAGAAGGAAGAUAUAAUUCAUGAUUAUACCAGUCAAGUUUCACAGUUAAAAGAAAGAAUAGAUUUGCAGAAAGUAGAAAAAGAAAAACUAGAGAAUGAUUUAGAAAAUCUAAAAACUAAAUAUGGAAUGGACAGUGAGCAAGCAAAAGACGGGAAAAAUAGGUUAAACGAGGCACAUGAAAUUAGUAAACAACGGAUUGAUGAACUAAAACAUCAACUGGAAGAGGUCACCAAGGACAGGCGUUCAGAAGAAAUUGCUUACGAACAAAGAAUGCAAACUGCGUUCAAGAAAGAAAAGAAAUUAACGGAAAUGAAUGAGAAUCUUCAUAGACAAAUCUCUUCUCUACAAUUGCAGCACCAAGCUGUUGAAACAGAGAAGAAUAAAAUUGAAACACAACUCGAAGAACUUCAGGAAGAUAUUUAUAGAUUUGAGAGACAUCAAUCAAAUGAUGGAAAUAAAAUGCAGGAUAUCAUAAAGAAAAAGGAUUUUGAGAUUCAGGAUUUAAAAAAGAAAUUAACAUCAAUGGAAAGUCAAGGGCAUAUUGGAGCUUAUUUGGGUAUCGAUGUGAAAAAGAUCUGUUCUGAAACUCAACUUCGUGAAAACGAUCGACCAACGUUAAUACUUCAAAACAAAGCGCUUCAAGAGGAAGUUCGUCGGCUGACACACUUACUGAAAAGUCAUACAUCUGAAGACUGCAUGCAAUGUUUGGAGCCAGAAUUUAAAGUUGGUGAAAAAUAUCCCAACACUGCUAUACGUCAACAAAAUGAAGACAACUUUGAUUCUGGACUUGCGUUAAAAGCAGAUUCUAUACACGACACUGAUUGCAACAAAGAAGUGUUGAUUUCCAGAUUGGAACGUUCAUCCGCAAUCAUGCGUGACAAUAAUAAUGAGAAUAAUGAAGCGCAAAGCCCGUGUGUCGGAGAAGCAUGCGAAGACGUUGAUAAAGCGGAUCAAUUUCAACAUAGUUCAAAUUGCGCGCUAGGUGCACAAAAAUUAUUCGAAAGCAAUGCUGUUAUGAACUCUUACAAAAGCGAAAAUAAAAAAUUGAAACAAGAAAUACAUCAAAUGAAAGAUGUCUACGAAAACCAUAUGAAAAUUUGCGGACAUAACAAAUUGACAAGAAAAUCAGUUGAAAAAAUGACAACCGAGGAUGGACAAAAUAAUUUAGUUGAAGACCUUCAAAGGAAGCUAUCCGUGGAAGAGCAGACAAAAAAAGACCUAUUGAUGUGCCUUCAGGAACAAGAAUCAAAAUACAUGGUACUUGAAAAUAAGCUGAGUCUAAACGAAAACAUAUCUACUACAGCAGUAAACAAACUUGAAGAUUUGGUUGAUGUCAUUUUACAGCAACGAAGCAAUACUUACGAUACAGAGAACAUAAAACUUCCUCCAGAUAUUGAGCGAAUUUUGGCAGAGUUGAGAAAUAGUUUUGUUUCCAUGCAUGAAGAAAUAGUUGAAGGCAACGAGUUGACACGGGAGAGCAUCUGCAAGUCGACAGACACGAUUUUACACGCGUUACGUUACAAACACGAUAGUAAUGUAACAAAAGAACGCCUUAAAAAUAAUACAACACGCCAAGGUGGCAGCUAUUAUAAAAAUUGUAUUCCAAGAAAUGGUAUAGAAGAAUUAGAACAUGUUAAAGAAAGCAUUGAAGGUGUUCAACAAACAAUUUAUGAGUAUGGGUGUGAGAUAAGAAAAGUGGAAGAAGAAAGAAAUCGCUUACAAGAAGAAUUGAUACGUAUGGUUGAAAUGAUGAAAACAAAGGAUGAAGAAUAUGGACGUCUGUCAUGCUUAUACGAAGACGAGAAAAGAAAAGUGGAUGAAAAUGAUUCGUGUUAUCAUCGAGAAAUGCAAGCAAUCAAAACCGAGCAGUUAGAAAUUUAUCAAGAAUACCGCGAAAUGUGUGAUAACCUAAAAAAGAAAGAGAUAGAACUGUUGAAUAAAACCAAACAAAUGAAAUUGCUCAGCGCUGAAUGGCGAGAUAAAGAAGAUAAUUUCAACGAUAAAAUAUUACAGCUUCAACAAGAAUGUUCCACAGUCACUCAUCAAAAUCAAGAAUUACAAAAACAUUUGGAAGAGAAAUCGAUAGAGUGUGACUUACUUAUUUCAAGACUCGUCAACUCUGAAGAACAACUACAAACGAUUUUCAAUAACCUCUCACGAAUUGAAGAUAUGUUUUAUAAAGCUAAAACUGAAGGUCUUUACAACUGAAUUAAAUCUAUCUCUACUUUUUGACAGAUUAGGAAUAACGAUAGGAUUUAUAAAGAGUAGACAUUUAAGAUGAAACACUCAAUUUUACUGUGUGCAAAA